AUGGCGUCUCCUACCGUGAAGCUCAACAGCGGCUAUGACAUGCCCCUCUGCGGGUUUGGUCUGUGGAAGGUCUCCAACGACACCUGCGCCGACACCGUCUACAACGCCAUCAAGGCCGGAUACCGCCUGCUGGACGGCGCCUGCGACUACGGCAAUGAGAAGGAGUGCGGUGAGGGCGUCGCCCGCGCCAUCAAGGACGGCCUGGUGAAGCGCGAGGAGCUCUUCAUCGUCUCCAAGCUGUGGCAGACCUUCCACGACGUCGACCGGGUCGAGCCCAUCACCCGCAGGCAGCUCGCCGACUGGCAGGUCGACUACUUCGACCUCUUCCUCAUCCACUUCCCCGUCGCCCUCGAGUACGUCGACCCCAGCGUCCGCUACCCUCCCGGCUGGCACUACGACGGCGACAAGGAGAUCCGGUGGUCCAAGACCACCAACCAGGAGACCUGGGGCGCCAUGGAGGGCCUCGUCGAGAAGGGCCUCGCCCGCAGCAUCGGCGUCUCCAACUACCAGGCCCAGACCCUCUACGACACCCUCAAGUACGCCAAGAUCCGCCCUGCCACCCUCCAGAUCGAGCUGCACCCCUACCUGCAGCAGGUCGAGCUCGUCAAGCUGGCCAAGCACGAGGGCAUCGUCGUGACCGCCUACUCCUCCUUCGGCCCCACCGGCUUCAUCGAGCUCGACAUGGACAACGCCAAGACGGCCGCCCCCCUCAUGGAGCACGACGCCAUCAAGGCCAUGGCCGCCAAGCACAACAAGACCCCCGCCCAGAUCCUGCUCCGAUGGGCCACCCAGCAGGGUCUUGCCGUCAUCCCCAAGACCGGGCGACCUGCCGUCAUGCUCCAGAACCUUGACUGCUUCAACUUCGACCUCGAUGAGGAGGACAACAAGCGCAUUGCCAAGAUGGAGCUGAACUUAAAGUUCAACAAGCCUACCAACUACUUCUCUGCAGACAACCUCUGGAUCUUCGGUUAA